AUGCUGGAGCACAUCCAGCCCGGGGGCGCCCGCCCUUUUGGUGCGUCUAUGUUGAUCUGCGGCUCGCGCCAAAAGGAUUACUAUCUCUAUCAGUUGAAGCCCUCGGGCAUCUGCGUACCCCUGCAGGCCGUUGCACAGGGCGUCAACGCAAAUGAAUGCAACACUUUCCUGGCGGAUCAAUACAAAGCUGAUUUAAAAAUAGAGGAAGCCGCUACACUAGCAGCUCGCUGUCUGAAGAAAGCCUUCGGGAAUACCCUGACUGGCGUCACCGUUGAGGUCGGGAUCUGUAUGGCGAGUAAAUUCCAAGUUCAGGACCCAACGACCGUCGCUGAACUAAUGGCCAAAUGGGCCUAA